CCGCGGGGACAGAGCAGGGUACCCAAACCUGGAGGAGACCUCGCGCUACAAGGGCUCACGGGCCCCGGCUUCCCCGAGGCGGGCGCGGUGCCUCUGGGCACCUCCGGCUUUCGGCUAGGGAAACUGAGGCGGGCCACCACAGGGAUCCCCGCCCCCCUCCCCGCGCCCGUCGCCGGUCGGAGCAGCCGCGGCCGAUCCUCGCCCUGCGCGCUCUCCGCGCCGCCCGCCCGCGGGCCGCAGGAUUGAGGAAGUGAGGCUGGGCCCGGCCCGGCCCCGGCGCGCGCGGCCGGAGGCGCAGGGGGCGGAGGGCAGGGGGACGGCCAGGCCCCGGCCCGCUGGAGUCCGCCGCGCCCGGCCCCGCGCGCCCGGCCCCGCGUCCCAGGCGCCCCGGGCCCUGCGCCGCCGCCGCCGCCGCAGCACCAGAACGAGACAGCUUUCUGCUCAGCCAUGACUGUGUGUCUGUGCCUUCGUCCAUCCUCUGGGGAGCGGUGGCGGCGGUGACCCCGGCCGGGACUGACUUGGAGAGCAGCCACCCAAGAGUCGAUGGCUGGCAUGUCUCGGCGACUGCCCAGCAUGUACUGGUGUGUGGGGCCAGAGGGCUCAGCUGUGUGUCCGGAACGUGCCAUGGAGACCCGUAAUGGUGCUGAGGACAUGGGCAGCAAACCGUCCACACCAGGCGGUGACCCCACAGCACAGUGCCCUGGGACAGAAGGCAUUCAUGCUGCAUACAAGCAAGGAAACCCCAGCAGGGCCCGGCACCUGCUCAGAGAGGCUUGUGAUGAGAGCACGUCCCAUCUGGAGAAGGGCCAGCUUCUGAGCAUCUCGGCGGCCUAUGGCGAUCUGGAGACCGUCCGGUACCUUCUCACCGAGAGACGGGUGGAGCUGCCCACCGAGCCCACCGAUGACAAUCCAGCUGUGGUGGCAGCACAUUUUGGGCACACUGACGUUGUGCAGGAGUUGCUCGAGUCUUUGCCAGGUCCCUGCAGCCCCCAGCGGCUGCUGAACUGGAUGCUGGCUUUGGCUUGUCAGCGAGGGCACCUGGGGUUGGUGAAGCUCCUCGUCCUGACGCACGGGGCCGACCCGGAAAGCUACGCAGUCAGGAAGAAUGAGUUUCCUGUCAUCGUGCGCUUACCCCUGUACGCGGCCAUCAAGUCAGGAAACGAAGACAUCGCCAUAUUCCUGCUUCGGCACGGGGCUUUUUUCUGUUCCUACAUCUUACUGGACAGUCCUGACCCCAGCAAACAUCUCCUCAGGAAGUAUUUCAUCGAAGCUAGUGCCUUGUCCAGCAGUUGUCCAGGGAAAAUGGCUCUUCGUGUGAAAUGGUCCCACCUCAAGUUGCCCUGGGUGGAUCUGGACUGGCUCAUAGACAUCUCCUGCCAGAUCACAGAGCUGGACCUUUCUGCCAACUGCCUGGCUUCCCUCCCCUCCGUCAUCCCCUGGGGACUCAUCAACCUCCGGAAGCUGAACCUCUCCAAGAACCACCUGGGGGAGCUGCCUGGUGUGCAGUCAUCAGAUGAAAUCAUCUGCUCCAGGCUCCUCGAGAUUGACAUUUCCAGCAAUAAACUGCCCCACCUCCCACCGGGAUUCCUGCACCUCUCAAAACUUCAAAAAUUGACAGCUUCCAAAAAUUACUUAGAAAAAUUGUUUGAAGAAGAAGGUGCCACUAACUGGAUUGGUUUGCGGAAGCUACAGGAGCUCGAUAUUUCUGACAAUAAAUUGACAGAACUCCCUGCACUUUUCCUUCAUUGCUUCAAGUCGCUCAAUUCUCUGAAUGUCUCCAAAAAUAACCUGAAGGUGUUUCCAGAUGCCUGGGCCUGCCCUUUGAAAUGUUGUAAAGCAUCCAAAAAUGCCCUGGAAUCUCUACCAGACAAGAUGGCUGUCUUUUGGAAAAACCACCUGAGGGAUGUGGAUUUCUCAGAAAAUGCUCUCAAGGAAGUUCCCCUGGGGCUUUUCCAGCUUGAUGCCCUCAUGUUCCUAAGGUUACAGGGAAACCAGCUCAUGGCCCUGCCGCCUCAAGAGAAGUGGACCUGCAGACAGCUCAAAACCCUGGAUCUUUCCAGAAACCAAUUUGGCAAAAAUGAAGACGGACUGAAAACAAAGCGUAUUUCCUUUUUCACCACCAGAGGGCGCCAGCGUCCUGGGACCGAGACAGCAGGGGUGCUGGAAUUUCCGGCCUUCCUAAGUGAGUCUUUGGAAGUCCUUUGUCUGAAUGACAAUCACCUGGAUGCCGUCCCUCCCUCGGUUUGCCUCCUGAAGAGUUUAUCGGAGCUCUACCUGGGAAACAAUCCUGGCCUCCGAGAGCUCCCUCCUGAGCUGGGGCAGCUGAGCAAUCUCUGGCAGUUGGACAUUGAAGACCUGAACAUCAGCAACGUGCCCACAGAGAUCAAAAAAGAAGGCCCCAAAGCAAUGUUGUCUUACCUGCGCGCUCAGCUGCGGAAAGCAGAGAAGUGCAAGCUGAUGAAGAUGAUCAUCGUGGGUCCUCCGCGCCAGGGCAAGUCCACCCUCCUGGAGAUCUUACAGACGGGGAGGGCCCCCCAGGUGGUGCACAGCGAGGCCACCAUCAGGACCACCAAGUGGGAGCUCCAGAGGCCAGCUGGCUCGAGAGCCAAGGUGGAGUCUGUGGAAUUCACCGUCUGGGACAUCGGCGGCCCCGCGAGCAUGGCCACCGUCAACCAGUGCUUCUUCACAGACAAGGCCCUGUAUGUGGUGGUCUGGAACCUGGCGCUGGGGGAGGAGGCUGUGGCCAACCUCCAGUUCUGGCUGCUCAACAUCGAGGCCAAGGCCCCAAACUCGGUGGUGCUGGUGGUCGGAACGCACCUGGACUUAAUCGAAACCAAAUUCCGAGUGGAGAGAAUCGCAACAUUGCGCGCCUACGUGCUGGCACUCUGCCGCUCGCCCUCUGGGUCCCGGGCCACCGGCUUCCCGGACAUCAGCUUCAAACACUUGCACAUUAGGGACAAAACCUGGGACACAGAGAUGCUACAGCGCUCGUCAGAGAGAAGCGGUGUGAUGAGUGAUCACGUUCUGUUUUGCACUCACAGCGAGCUCUCCUGUAAGAGUCUGGAAGGUCAGGAGGGGCUGCGGCAGCUGAUUUUCCACGUCACGUGCAACAUGAAGGACGUGGGCAGCACCAUCGGCUGUCAGAGACUUGCGGGGAGGCUGAUCCCCAGGAGCUACCUGAGCCUCCAGGAGGCCGUGCUGACCGAGCAGCAGCGCCGCAGCCUGAACGACGACGUGCAGUACCUGACGGACAGGCAGCUGGGGCAGCUGGUGGAGCAGAUGGCCAACAACGACAUCAAAGACUACGAGGACCUGCAGUCCGCCAUCAGCUUCCUCAUAGAAACCGGUACCCUGCUGCACUUCCCGGACACCAGCCACGGCCUGAGGAACCUCUACUUCCUUGACCCCAUUUGGUUGUCCGAAUGUCUGCAGAGGAUCUUCAACAUCAAGGGCUCGCGGUCAGUGGCCAAGAAUGGGGUGAUCCGGGCAGAGGACCUCAGGAUGCUGCUGGUGGGGACGGGCUUCACGCAGCAGACGGAGGAGCAGUAUUUCCAGUUCCUGGCCAAGUUUGAGAUCGCCCUGCCUGUGGCCAACGACAGCUACCUUCUGCCACACCUCCUUCCAUCCAAACCCGGCCUGGACACUCACGGAAUGCGGCACCCCAAGGCCAACACCAUUCAGAGAGUGUUUAAGAUGAGUUUUGUUCCUGUCGGCUUCUGGCAAAGGUUUAUAGCACGGAUGCUGAUCAGCCUGGCGGAGAUGGACCUGCAGCUUUUUGAAAACAGGAAGAAUACUAAAAGCAGACACAGGAAAGUCACCAUUUAUAGUUUUACAGGAAGCCAGAGAAAUCGCUGCAGUACAUUCAGAGUGAAAAGAAAUCAGACCAUCUACUGGCAGGAAGGGCUCCUGGUCACUUUUGAUGGGGGCUACCUCAGUGUGGAAUCCUCAGAUGUGAACUGGAAAAAGAAAAAAAGCGGAGGAAUAAAAAUCAUUUGCCAGUCAGAAAUGAGGGACUUCUCUGCCAUGGCUUUUAUCACAGACCAUGUCAACUCCCUGAUUGAUCAGUGGUUUCCCGCCCUGACGGCCACAGAGAGCGACGGGACCCCGCUCAUGGAGCAGUAUGUUCCCUGCCCCGUGUGCGAGACCUCCUGGGCCCAGCACACGGACCCGAAUGAGAAAGCAGAGGACGUGCAGUACUUUGACAUGGAAGACUGCGUGCUCACAGCCAUUGAGCAGGACUUCAUUUUCUGCCCCAGACACCCUGACCUCCCCGUGCCUCUCCAGGAGCUGGUUCCCGAGCUGUUCAUGACCGACUUCCCAGCCAGGCUCUUCCUGGAAAACAGCAAGCUGGAGCACAGCGAGGACGAGAGCAGCGUCCUGGGCCAGGGCGGAAGCGGCACCAUCAUCUACCGGGCCCGGUACCAAGGCCAGCCUGUGGCGGUGAAACGGUUCCAGAUCAAGAAAUUCAAGAACUUGGCCAAUGCCCCAGCGGACACCAUGCUGAGGCACCUGCGGGCCACGGACGCCAUGAAGAACUUCUCGGAGUUCCGGCAGGAGGCCAGCAUGCUGCACGCCCUGCAGCACCCCUGCAUCGUGUCGCUCAUAGGCAUCAGCAUCCACCCUCUCUGCUUCGCCCUGGAGCUCGCCCCUCUGGGCAGCCUCAACACUGUGCUGUCUGAGAAUUCCAAAGAUUCUUCCUUUAUGCCCCUGGGACACAUGCUCACCCAAAAAAUAGCCUACCAGAUUGCCUCCGGCCUGGCCUACCUGCACAAGAAAAACAUCAUCUUCUGUGACCUGAAGUCGGACAACAUUCUCGUCUGGUCUCUUGACGUCAAGGAGCACAUCAACAUCAAGCUGUCGGACUACGGGAUUUCACGGCAGUCAUUUCAUGAGGGUGCCCUCGGCGUGGAGGGCACCCCUGGCUACCAGGCCCCGGAGAUCAGGCCUCGCAUCGUGUAUGAUGAGAAGGUAGACAUGUUCUCCUAUGGAAUGGUGCUCUAUGAGUUGCUGUCGGGACAGCGGCCAGCACUGGGCCACCACCAGCUUCAGAUUGCCAAGAAGCUGUCCAAGGGCAUCCGCCCUGUCCUGGGACAACCAGAGGAGGUGCAGUUCCAUCGGCUCCAGGCCCUCAUGAUGGAGUGCUGGGACACGAAGCCUGAGAAGCGACCGCUGGCCCUGUCGGUGGUGAGCCAGAUGAAGGACCCGACCUUUGCAACAUUCAUGUACCAGCUACCCUGCGGGAAGCAGACCACCUUCUUCUCCUCCCAAGGCCAGGAGUACAUGGUGGUGUUCUGGGAUGGGAAAGAGGAGUCCAGGAACUACACGGUGGUGAACACGGAGAAGGGCCUUAUGGAAGUGCAGCGGAUGAGCUGUGCGGGAAUGAAGCUAAGCUGCCAGCUCAAGGUCCAGAACUCUCUGUGGACAGCCACCGAGGACCAGAAGAUCUACAUCUAUAACCUCAAGGGCAUGUGCCCCUUAAACACACCCCAACGGGCUUUGGACACCCCGGCGGUCGUCACCUGCUUGUUGGCAGUGCCUAUUAUUAAAAAGAAUUCCUACCUGGUGCUGGCAGGCCUGGAUGACGGGCUUGUGGCGGUGUUUUCCGUGGUGCGGGGUGCCCCGGACCACAGCUGCUCCUACCUGUGCUCACACACGGCCAACAGGUCCAAGUUCAACAUCCCAGAUGAAGACACGCGGCAGAACCCCUACCCCGUGAAGGCCAUGGAGGUGGUCAACAGCGGGUCCGAGGUCUGGUACAGCAACGGGCCAGGCCUGCUGGUCAUCGACUGUGCAGCCCUGGAGAUCAGCAGGAGGCUGGAGCCCUACUCGGCCCCUUCGGUGGUCACCUCAGUCGUGGGCAGCUCUGAGUGCCGAGGGGAGGAGGUCGUCUGGUGCCUGGAUGACAGGGCCAACUCCUUGGUGAUGUACCACGCAGCCACCUACCAGCUGUGCGCCCGGUACUUCUGCGGGGACCCCAGCCCGCUCAGAGACAUGUUUCCUGUGCACCCACUGGGCCCGGAGUCCCUGGGCAGCCACGCAGCUGGCUCCGAAGAGCCCGAGGGGGACUCCAUCGCGGACGUGAGCAUCAUGUACAGCGAGGAGCUGGGCACGCAGAUCCUGACCCACCAGGACUCGCUGACCGACUACUGUUCCAUGUCCUCCUACUCCCCCUCCUCUCCCCACCGGACCCCCGCGGCCUCCUCCAGCCUGCCCUGCUCCCCAGCAAGCUCUUCCAGCGUGCCCUUCUCCACCGACUGCGAGGACUCCGACCGGCUGCAUGAGCCCGCCGCGGGCUCCGACAGGUCUGAGCACGACCUGACCCCCAUGGACGGGGAGGCUUUCAGCCAGCAUCUGCAGGCCGUGAGGAUCCUAGCCGUGAAAGACGUCAUCUGGGUCCCCAGGCGCGGGGGCGACGUUAUUGUCAUUGGCCUGGAGAAGGAGGCCGGCAGCCAGCGGGGCCGCGUCAUCGCCGUCUUAAAAGCCCGGGAGCUGACUCCGCAUGGGGUGCUUGUGGAUGCAGCCGUGGUGGCAAAGGACACAGUCGUGUGCGGCUUUGAGAACGAAAACACGGAGUGGUGCCUAGCUGUCUGGAGGGGCUGGGGCACUAGGGAGUUUGACGUUUUCUACCAGUCCUACGAGGAGCUGGGCCGAAUGGAGGCUUGCAUGCGGAAGAGAAGGUGAUUCCUGUGGAAUGACAGUCGUGGAGACCCGGCUGCCCCGGGCCAAUGGCUUGACCCCCCUGCCUGCAGCCUGCCGCCCCCCUGAGGACCCAGAAGAUGGAGUGGGUUCGCCCAUGAACCACUUGCUGCUAGAAGUGCUGAGAAGUUACCACCCUGGCCGUGGUCUGGGGGGCUCCCCGGUUCUCCAGAGCAGAGUUAGCUGCCUACCUCCAUUCUCCCAUUGCUGGUUUUACAACCCAAGAGAAGACGGUGGGGCCCAGUUGGGAGCAACUCCCCCUGCCUCCUCCACCCACUUCCAGGAGCAGGGGACGGGGAUCCCACUCCACACUGGGUCACACAAAGCGGGGCUGGGUCUUCACGGCACAGUUCCCUCCCUAGGUCUGGGAGGCAUUACACUAGAGGCUCUCAGCUGGGGAGCAGUUCGGGGCAGGGGAGGAGGGGGCCGUGACCUCUGCCCCUUCCCCGAGUGGCCUCCAGGCUCUCAGCACAUUUCACAAGCCCCUGGGGGCUCCAGUGCCCCAGGGCCCCGCUUGGGCAAGCUGAGAUCAGAUGUCUCCCGCUCAGGAAAGACUCUGUGUGAGAAGCCCUCAGAAGGACCGUCGGGGAGGAGCGCUGCCCAGUCUGGGGGAAUGAAUGAGUUCCUUUAAGUGACCCAGCCGGAAAGCCAAGAGCUAACGCAGGGCUCAGAGCACCCACUCAGCCUCUACAUUCUUCUCCCGCCGACAAAAGGCAGGGGAAACUCAAUCAUCAGGACUUAAGAAAGGGCCGUGUGUUUAUAGCUUUGUAAAGUAAACUUGGACACAGCUGAAGCACAAGCCCUGUCUGUUUGCACAUAAUAAUCUUGUUUAUCACUUUAACAAAUUAAGUAAUAGCUCAGUGGUUAGGCCCCGGUUGUGAAAUCACAUCGUAUGGGGCUUCUACCGAAUUAUGCAUCAGCAUUGACUACACACAGGUACAGCAAAGUCUAAAGAGCAAAAUUGUUAAUGGGGGGUUUAUGGGUCUUACAGCGACCGUUUUUAUAAAUUACGCACACACACAUGCACACGUACCACAUGGUUCCCAAGAGGAAUCACUUAAGGCUGCUGACCCCAGAACGGCGGUGUGAACAUGAGGUCAUACUCCAGUUCAAGUUGUUGACCUUUUCCUAAAAUUAAGUUAUAAAAAUCAAACUUAAGAUUGGCUGGGAUAUGCGGGCAAAUGUGGUUCCUUUUAUCUGAAAAUAAACAGAUUCUCUUGAGAAUGAUGUCACAGUCUGUGUCUGUAGAGUGAGUAGUUAGGGACAGGCUCUAUCCGACCCAGGCCCACUCGCUGCCGGGGUGGAAUGGGCAGCCCCCCCUUGCCCACAGCUGCCCCCAUGCAAGCAGCCCCCUAGCAGCUUCCGUGAGCAGAGACAGCUGCUCUGUCAGCCUCAGCCGCCCCACUUCCUUUCGCUGGCCUGGGCAUCGAGUCCAACAGGGGCUCCGGGCCCGUGCCUCCUGCCCAAGUCACCGCCACGUCCUGCCCCGGUCCCUCAGCUGGGCCUUGGUGCUCACCGCUCUCCUUCCCUUCCCAUCCCAGCACCCCAUAGCUGCCCAGUUGCCCCCCAAAUGCAAACCGGGUCCUGUCUUUCUCCUGCCCCCAUCCCGCCCUCUACAACCUGAAGCCAGACUGCCAGGCUGAUGCUCAGGGCCCCCACGGUCCCGUCCUAACCCACAUUUCUGACCUGGCCUCCUCCCAGCGUGAGGCCCAAGCUGCUGUGAGGAGCGGCCAGGCCUUUAGCCCACGGCCUCAUGGAGCCGGCUUAGGGCAGCUCUUCACAAAAGUUAGAAACCAUGCAGGAGGGGCGUCUGGGUGGCUCAGUUGGUUGAGCGACUGCCUUCGGCUCAGGUCAUGAUCCCAGAGUCCCAGGAUCGAGUCCCACGUCAGGCUCCCUGCUCAGCAGGGAGUCUGCUUCUCCCUCUGACCCUCCUCCCUCUCAUGCUCUCUGUCUCUCAUUCUCUCUCUCACAAAUAAAUAAAAUCUUAAAAAAAAAAAAAAAAAAGAAAGAAACCAUGCAGGAAAUGGUUUCACUACAUAAAAAUUAGAAACUUAAAUGGAAAAACUACCACAAAGUCAAAAACUGGGAAAAAAAUAUUGGUGACAAAUUAGAGAAAAAACAGCUAAUUUAUCUUAUAUACAGAGAGUUCGUGCCUAUCGAUAAGAAAGAGAAAACACAAAAGGAAAACAGGUAGAGGACAUAAAUAGCACUCAACCUCACCCAACAGUUAGGAAGUAGUCAUGAGGACAGCAACAAAAUGUCAUUUAUUAUCCUCAUGUUGGCACUCCUGCGGAGACCUGAAGGCACCACGUUGGAAGAUCCACAUGUGCAAAGGCCCUGUGGCGGGAAUGAGCUGCUGUGCUAGAAGGACAGAUGAAGAGCUGGUGGGACUGGAGCGUUUGGAAGAAGGGGGAGCUCAGAGGCCCGCUAGGCAUGGCUUUGGGCUUUGUAGGCAUGGAUCUCCAUCAAAGCUACUGGUAGUUUUAAGCAGGGAUGUUUGAUGACCUAAUUGUCUUUAAAAACCACUUCACUGAGUGCAAAGUGGGCUAAAGGGGAGUUAACCGACAGCUGGGCCACCCCUUAGAGUUAGCAGGCCCACUUAAGCAUUUGAUCCUGAACUUCCCGUGAAAGGGCCCAAUGCAGCAGAACAAGAAUGUCAUUGUGGCAUCGCCUAUAAGUGGCCCCAAACAGGAAACAACCUAAACCUCUAGCAGGAGGAAAGUCAAAAAUGCCUGAACCUCCAACCCUGCCAUACUCUGCAGCCGGUCAGAGAAGGGGGCGGUGCUAACGGUCCUGCUCCGACAUGAUCUCCGGGGUAUAAUAAAUGCAUUGUUUUCCUAAAAAGCAACUCACAGCGUGGUGUGUCUAUUUGAGUGAAAAAUGUUGUACAGCUCCGUGGG